AAGAGAGAGAGGGUGGAGGACAGACAGGCGGAGAGAAGAGAGAGAGGGUGGAGGACAGACAGGCCAGUAAAAGGUUUCUUACACCGUUUUGUUGACGAGGCGACCAGCAAAACAUCAGUGCAUAGUUCACCAUGGCCCAGAACCAGGUGAUCCUGCAGUUCCACUUUGCCACAUAUGGUGACUCCAUGCUGCAGAAAAUGAACCUUCUUCGGCACCAGCGACGCUUCUGUGACAUGACCGUACGUAUCAACCAGCUUAAAGUCCCCGGUCAUAAGGUUGUGUUUGCUGCUGGCUCAUCUUUCCUCCGAGACCAGUUCAUCCUUCAGCAGGACUCCAAUGAAGUGCAGAUCUCCAUAAACCAGGAGGCAAAGGUUGGCCAGCAGCUGCUACUGUCCUGCUACACGGGCCAACUAGAGUUUCCUGAAUUGGAGCUGGUCAACUACCUGACGGUGGCCAGCUUCCUCCAAAUGGGCCACAUUGUGGAGCAGUGUACUCAAGCUUUGAACAAGUUCAUCAAGCCACACCCUCCACACAAGAUGGAGGUCGACACCGAGCUGAAAAGAGUGGUCAAAGAGGACGGAUCGUGCUCCCAGGCUUUGAGAGAACAGGAGCACUUGCGGGAAGUGGAGAGGGUGGAGCAUGAGGACGACGUUAGUACUGAUGACGAUGACGAUGUCAUUAUACAGCCUAAGUCUCCUCCUCACACGUACAAUAUACAUCCUGUGCAAGAAGUGGAGGAGAGUGACAUCAGCAUUGUGAAGGUGGAGUCUGUGGAGUCGACCUUCCCGACAAGUGCCCCAGCCGCCCUGCACUCGCCCGAGCCCCAACACUCGCUCAUCAAUUCGACUGUUGACAGUCGUGGGAGUGAAAUGACGGCGCCCCCAAGCAUGCCGGGCUACCCCUUCCGUCCUCCUUCUCCGUUCAACCCUGCCGAAAAACAGAAGAGCUACGACAAACCCCUCCAGUGGUACCACCAGUGUCCCAAGUGUAGCCGUGUCUUCCGCCAGCUGGAGAAGUACGCCAACCACCUUAAGAUGCACAAGCUCUUCAUGUGCUUGCUGUGCGGAAAGACCUUCACGCAGAAGGGCAACCUGCACCGGCACAUGCGGGUCCACGCGGGCAUCAAACCCUUCCAGUGUAAGAUCUGCGGGAAGACCUUCACCCAGAAGUGUUCUCUGCUGGAUCACCUGAACUUGCACAGCGGGGACAAGCCUCACCGCUGUAACUACUGCGACAUGAUGUUCGCUCACAAGCCCGUUCUCCGCAAGCACCUCAAGCAAAUCCACGGCAAGAACAGCUUUGACAACGCAAACGAAGGCAACUCGCACGACUGUGGGCCUGAAGAGAAUGACACCAGUGGGCCGUUUAUCAGUCAGUCUAACAAUUACGAGACAGACUUAAGAUACGAUUUGAGACACUGUCUGGAUGAGACCGUAUAAAAAAAGAGAAACUAAGUGUCACAAUGAUGAGAAGAGACCACCUUAGAAUACACUAUUUUAAAAGAUGGUGGUCUGUUAAUGGAGAAGAAUGUUCAGUUAGUGAGGUAGAUCUAUUUCUACUCUUAAGCAUUGACCGUGAUCUUGGCAUACCUUGUCACUAGGGGUGUAACGGUACGUGUAUUUGAAUUGAACCGUUUCGGUACGGGGGUUCCGGUUCGGUGCGGAGGUGUAUCGAACGAGUUUCCACACGGACAUAUUAAGUAGCGUAAUGCACGUUGUGUAAACAAUGCACACCACACGGCAUGCUAGCAGCUAACGGGCUACGAUAGACUGACCAUACAUCCUCUUUUCACCGGACAUGUCCUCUUUUGCGGAGCUGUCAGGGCGGAGUUUCUUAAAUGCCUCAAAUGUCCGGCAUUUUGAGUUAGGGUUACGUGUAUUUUCAAUGUACGUCCAGGGUUAAGAAGGGGUUAAAAACAAAACAAAUUGCGGGCGCAGCAGCAUUGGUGAGGGGAGGGGCAGAGACAGAAAGAGAGCGAGAGAGUUAUGAUAAACGCGCAUGCGUCGCCAGGCUCUGCUUUUUAUUCAUAGAUUUAUCAGAUUUAAUUUUUUAUUAUCUAUAGCAGGGGUGUCAAAAGUGUGCCCCGGAGGCCAUUUGCGGCCCGCAGCUAAUGUUUUAAAGGCCCACGGCACAUUCUAAAAAUACUAUUAAAAUAAACAAAAACAUAACAAAAGUGAAAUAAAAAA